AUGUCAUCGUCAAAAUCUCCCCAGACAACUUCUCAAAGCGAGGAUUGGGACAGUCUGUUCAGUUUCGACCCAACUACCAGUCCUUUCUUUCCGCAGCCAAACGCCGGACACGAUCCCACGGCUCUUGGCACAAACCUGGACAUCUUCGCCGCUCAACCUCUGUUUCUCCCUGAAGUCUAUCUCCCACAGCCGAUUUACUAUCCAGAGCAACCCACAUCUCGAGUACAAGUCGCACAAAUGCAACCUCACGAGCACACACCUAGCAGUAAUGCUGUAGGAGACAUGGUUCAUGGCUUUGAUGCGAUUCGCGGUGAUCUUGACAAAGUCAUCAUGGCCGUCUGGCAACUCAAGAAUGAUUACCAGACAAGAAUACAGAACCUCGACAAUGAGGUGGCACAGGCUUCUAAAGCAGCCGAAAGCCUACGAAAGGACGUAGACGCCAUCGGAGGCUGGGUGGAGCAAGUGGUCGCGUUCCUCAACGCUAGUAAUGAUCCUUCAGAACUGCCAUGCUCUGGAGAACCGAAACCUGAAAUUGGAGACGACAUGGGGGUGGCAGACCAAAACCAGACGCAGUAG